GGAAUUUCCUUCUCAACUUCCGGCACACUCCCAUCAGCAGUCCAGUCCGGCAGUAAGUUUCCCAUUACUACUUUCUGCGAUAAAUAUCGUGCAAAUCAAUUAACAGUAAGUAGACCGAGAGAACGGGGAAAAUCUUUUCGAAUCUCGAUAACCCAUCAAGAAAUCGGAAUUAAAGGGCUGCCGAAUAGAAAGCCUUCCACUUCUCUACUCGAAAGCAAAUCUGCAGUUUCUCUGCGGUCGUUGAGUAUCCCCAAAGAACCCAGUAGAAAAAUACUGGGAUACAGCAGCAAGCUCAACAGCCGAAGCAGAGAUUACUUGUGAAUGGUUUUCUAAAUCUAUCAGUUUUGGAUCAAACUUCCCUACUGCCAUGUCUCGUCCAUCAUGGCUGGUUGACGGUAGCAGAAUAGCCAGAAAAAUUAAGAGUGCAUCUGAUCCCGAAAAAGUCAAAUGGGAGAGCAACCCAACCAAAUCUUGUCCAAAUUGCCAUCACAUAAUCGACAACAGUGAUGUUGUCCAAGCAUGGCCUGGAUUACCCAGAGGGGUCAAAUUUGAUCCAACUGACCAGGAAAUCAUCUGGCAUUUACUUGCGAAAUCUGGUUCUGCUUCUCAUAAACCCCAUCCAUUCAUUGAGGAGUUCAUACAAACUCUUGACAAUGAUGAUGGGAUCUGUUAUACUCAUCCCAAGAACCUACCAGGCGUGAAACAAGAUGGAAGUACAUCUCACUUCUUUCACAGGGCAAUCAAAGCUUACAAUACAGGGACUCGAAAGCGCAGAAAGAUUCAAGGUGAUGAUGUUGCUGAUGUUCGCUGGCACAAAACUGGCAGGACUAAGCCGGUGGUCUUGGAAGGCAUGCAGAAAGGUUGUAAAAAAAUAAUGGUUCUCUACACUAGUCUGGUAAGGGGAGGUAAAGCUGAAAAAACAAACUGGGUGAUGCAUCAGUACCACCUUGGAACGGGCGAGGACGAGAAAGAUGGGGAAUAUGUGAUUUCAAAGAUAUUUUAUCAGCAACAAGCUAACAAGGCCGAUAAAACUGAAGAAGAGCUAUCAGAAACUAUUAUUGAUCAUUCCUUGAUUACGAAAGUUGAUCCAGUCACUCCCAUGUCUGUUACACUUGAUCCUCCUCUCCCCGAAAGGCAUUUUAGUGAUACGGACCUUGUGAAAGACUCUGCAAUUGCUGACACAGUUGCUGAUCCUUAUCUUCAGUAUAUGGAGCUUGAACAUCUAGAAGAUGAGGUUGAGCCCGUGUCUGAAAACCCUAGUUGCAAUGAUCUGGUGCAAGUGACUGAAAAUCAAGGCUUAAAUAACAGAGAUUGUGUUGAGGAAGAAGCGAAAUGGUGGGAUGGCGAGUCACAAAACGUGUUGGAUUCACAACAAAUGGUAGAAGGUUUAUCCUUAUGUGAAGAGUUCCUUCAGAGCCAGUCUCCAAGUAGAGAUGGGAAUGGAGAUCCAUUACCGAAUAGAAAACCAUCCUUUUCGUUCCAGUAUGAAGGUGCAGAGGAUUUGAAGAAGGAUUUAGAGGAAUGCCAAACUCUGGCUGUUGACCCUGCAAAUAUAGAACUCGAUACACCUCCCGAGUUCAGACUCAGCCAGCUUGAAUUUGGAUCCCAGGAAAGCUUUCUGGCAUGGGGCGGAGGAGAGAUAAAAUGAUUGGCUAGCUACAAGUCUUCAACUUGUUUUUGGUGUGGAUCGAAAGAGAGGAAGCACCUACCCUUUUGUUUCGAUCGGCCAUAUCCUUGUUUGUAUGUAAAACUACGAUUAGUAACAAUGGAGAUGGUGUUUGGUGGGAGGGCUAAUGAGGGACUCCUAUAUUUUGUAAACCCACCUUGGCAGCUUAAUGCAGAAAGGCAACUACUGCUCGUUUUGUAACUAAUGUCUGAUGUUUGUUAAAAAAAACGCUGCUCUUUGUUCUGAAAGGAGGAACAAUGUUGGGUUCAGAAUGAACCCUAGGCCAAGCAAUGUUGCUCUCUGUUUCCAGCCAUUACAUUAGUGACAUACUGACAUGGUUGAGUGCAUUUUCUUUACAGACUGUAGAAGGUGACCUGGAAUGACAUGUAUUUGGAUGAUGUACAUGGCAACAGAGACCAUAGGAGAAGCAACUCCCUCCCCAAUUAUCAGUUAGUCAUCUCUUGACCGAUCCCAAAGCUUGUUAGCCCCAGUCAUGCCCACCAUGUACUGUGAAUCGGACCCCGGCUGGCCCCCUAGCUAGCUCUAUCCCUUUGGCUGGCAGUUUGGCGCCAUGUUGUUACGAAAUUUCCCUAGUACAUAGCAGAAGAGGCAUGAAAAUUGGUAACCUCUGGCCCGGUCCCCCGCUCUCUGCAAAAUAUCUAUCGGUGUUAGUUUCACGAGAAAGACAGAGAGGUAUUGAAAGCAAGAGGGUCCUCUUACCUGUUUCCUUAGCUUGGUCUCUUAUUUUGGUUCCCCUGGCAUGGAGUACAGAGUGCAGCUAGCUAAAGAACAGUGACAGAUAGGGCCUUCCAUGAACAACCUGGCUGUGGGUUUUGGAUCUACCUCCCCUUUCCCUCUUUGCUCAAUGGCUGGUGGCUAGCUGGUCCUUGUCAAGUUCCCUGCAUCUGGGGCUAUUUGAGGUUUCCCUUUGGUUUCGCUUUUGGGUACGUAAACAAGACACGGAUUUGGGACAAGUAAUAAUGGAAAUGAAGGUAAAGGGGAUAAGAUAUGUCCUUGCGCUAUUACUGCCCACACAUGUUCAACCUUCUCUCUUCCUCCUUUCAUUUUUCUUCCUCUCACUAAACAUAAGUGUAUCUGGAAGACUGGAACAAGCUUUUUUUUUAUAGGAA